AAUACGAACGGUUUGUGCAUCCUAACAAGUUCAGUAUUGGGCGUGCCUGUCAACGUGGAGAAUAGAGGAGGAGAAAAUUGUUGUCUUAAUGCAUAUAUUAGAGGCGCGAGUUGUUGACCUGUCUCGAGCAGACCCGUCCAGGGUAUAUAUACAUCCCCCGGGCCCAAGAUUCCGCAACCACUAGGGGCUUGGACACAGGACAUAGUGAACAAUUAGCACUGGACAUUACACCACUCAGAAAUAUGCAAAAGUUCGUCCUUACAACAGUUGUGAUCGCAUGUGCCCUACUCAUAAGCCAAGUAACAUGUCAGGAGGCAAUGCUAGCGCCCCCUGAGAGGCCCCACAGCUUCAGAACUCCAGACCAGCUUAGAAGCUACCUUCGGGCCCUAAACGAAUAUUAUUCUAUUGUCGGCCGACCAAGAUUUGGACGAAGUGUCAACAAGCGGUCUCUUGAGAGUAGCCUAUUUAACACAGAGGACCUCACCCCUGAAGACUACCCUGUAUUUGAAGACGAACGCGACCUCUACAUAUGACGCACGGAAAUCCCUACAUCAAGAGGAGACAACUCGUUUCUGUGAAGUUUACAUUCUCAUCAUUCAUGGGACACUUUGUAAUUGUUUUGUUACAAUCGUCGGUUGUUGUACGAAGAAAAUAAAUAAAAUUUAAAGGAAACUGAA